GGUCAUUAUGUCUAGAUAGAAUCUACUUUGAGGAGAGUCUUGGCUGUCUCAUGGUCUGGGGUGCGGUGCACAGUGCAGUUAUGAGCCAUGUGUCUAUCUGCUUCUUUGUCGAGUCCAGCCCAAAGGAAUGA